AGAAUAGCCAAUUAGCCAAAACAGGAUUUAUCGUGAAGUUUUCUCUUUUCUUAGGUCCAAAAUGUAUUAACCAAAAAAAGGGUUUGUUGUUACGUUUUCCUUUCCAACAUCUCUCGAAAAGAAUUAACCAAAAAGAGGGUUUAUUGUUACGUUUUCUGUUUUUCUUCACUUUGAAAAAAAGAAAAGAGAAUGAAAUUGGAACUUCUUCUAUAUGGCGCUUUAAAGAUGUAGUGCAGCAAGGUCCACCUAAUUAACAGUACUCCCCCAUUCCAGGACAAUAUUACACAGAGACCCAAAGGAAUCACAACAAAGAAAGAUAAGGGAGAGAAAGGAUCACCUUGUCUCUCUUCUUUCAUUUCAUACACAGAUAUGGGUUUUUCAACUGCAACAAGUGCCUGUUAUGGUAGCAGUUCCAAUUUGGGUCUGGGAUGGAAGUCAUCCAGUUUGUUUGUGCAAAUGGGUUUGUUUUCAAAUGCUUCAAUCAGACCCAGAAAAGUUCCUCCCUUUAAAUUCCCGCGGGCAUGCUAUUCUUCCUCUUCUUCUGAUCCCCUUUUGGUGAAGGCUGCCAGAGGAGAGCCUGUAAGUCGUGCUCCUGCUUGGAUGAUGCGUCAAGCUGGAAGGUAUAUGGCUAUUUACAGAAAACUUGCCGAGAAAUAUCCAUCCUUCAGAGAGAGGUCAGAGACAACUGAUCUCAUUGUGGAAAUUUCUUUGCAGCCUUGGGAAGCUUUUCAUCCAGACGGAGUUAUUAUUUUCUCUGACAUACUCACACCUCUACCUGCUUUUGGUGUCCCAUUUGACAUAGAAGAUGUGCGUGGUCCUGUUAUUCAUUCUCCUCUGCGGAAUGAGGAGGAUUUAAAAGUGUUACACCCGAUUGACUUGGGUAAACUACAAUUUGUGGGGGAAUCCUUAAAGAUAUUGCGCAAAGAGGUCGGGGAGCAUGCUGCAGUUUUAGGCUUUGUGGGUGCUCCUUGGACAAUAGCUACUUAUAUUGUUGAAGGGGGCACAACUCGUACAUAUACAACAAUAAAGAACAUGUGCCGCACUGCGCCAGAAGUAUUGAGGGCUCUUCUCUCGCAUUUGACAGAAGCACUAGCUGAAUACAUUGUUUUCCAGGUGCAAUCUGGAGCUCAUUGUGUUCAAAUAUUUGAUUCCUGGGGUGGACAACUCCCACCGCACAUGUGGGACAGUUGGUCAAAGCCGUACAUUGAGAAGAUAGUAAGCACAGUGAGAAGCAGAUGCCCUCAAACACCCCUUGUGCUGUAUAUCAAUGGAAAUGGCGGCCUUCUUGAGCGGAUGAAAUCAACUGGGGUUGAUGUUAUUGGGCUUGAUUGGACUGUUGACAUGGAAGAUGGACGAAAGCGAUUAGGAAAUGAUAUUAGUAUUCAGGGAAAUGUAGAUCCUGCUGUUCUAUUUAGUCCCUUGUCCGCUGUGACUGAUGAAAUCAAGAGGGUUGUUAAGUCUGCUGGGCCUAGGGGUCACAUUCUCAACCUGGGUCAUGGUGUUCUUGUUGGCACACCCGAGGAAGCUGUCGCUCACUUUUUUGACGUUGCAAGGAGCUUAAAGAUUGAUGCACAUUCCGAAGCUGGUGCACUUGAGACAGCGGUUGCAGGAAGAUAGAAUUCCUUGCAAGCUUGAAAGCAGAUGGCUGUAACUUAGGCUCUUCUGGUCUACUAUCUAAUUCCGAGAGAACUUUUCAGAACUUCAUAUUAUCAUUCUUAAUAGAGCUCCAUAAAAGGUAAGGUAUCGGCUAGUUUGUUCAGCAAAGUUGCAAGUUUUGGGGGGAAUUAUAGUAAUUGUACUGUUUAUCAGAAUCUUUAACUCUGCAAAUCUUGUAUUGAGUAUCUAUGGUUAUGGUUGGUUUAACCAUCCACUUGCACUAUCCAUUAUCAUCUUUAGAACGGCCCCAAUUCUUUAAUCUCAUCCGAGUUUCGUGCUUUCAGUGAGACGAUGUCGUUUUAUAUUUGUAUAAACAUUAUACACUCCUAAUAUACGUAUAAAAAUUUCAUUAUUUUAUUACU